AUGGCAGAAGAAUUUUAUUUUGUUAAUCAUUCGAGUUAUUCACAAACAAUACCAUCUGUAACAGAGGAUUUACAAUGUUUAUAUGGUUUGAAUGAGUUAGCAAAGCGGGUAGCACGAGUGGAUGAAUUUGGGAAUAAAAGAAAGAUGCGGCAAUCGUAUAAAGGUCAUAUUCAACACCUUCCGGGAGAAAAUGUUAUCCUCAAAGAUAGAUUUAUCAGAGACUUAAUUUUGAAACCACAAGAAGACAAAACGAACAAGUUUAUUGAGGAUUUGGAUCCAGAGAUGCUUGAAAUGGCGUUUACGCUUCAACCGGAACCUGUUUCACAUCUUGAUUCUAAUAUUCUUGAAUACGGAAGUUUGGAAAAAGAUGAGCUUUAUGAUAAUAAAGACCGUGAAAGUACAAGAUCUAUCAAUGAUACCAAGCGUUAUUCAAAGAAGAAAAGAAAACAUGAUGAAUACGAGCUUUUUUCUGAUUCUGGACAGAAGAAGAAAUACAAAAAAACAAGUUGA